AUGGGGGAGGCGACGGCGACGGUGGAGGCAGAGGCGCCUGUGAGCAGCUGGGUGGUGGAGAUGGAGAAGACGAUCGGCGAGAUGAACAUCGACCCGGCGGCGGAGAUGGCGCGGUGGAAGCGCCACUCCAUCUACCGCGUGCCGGAGCGGAUCAAGAACCUGCACAACAGCAAGGCGUACCAGCCGGAGCUGGUCUCGCUGGGGCCCUUCCACCACGGCGACCCGGAGCUGCUCCCCAUGGAGGAGCACAAGCGCCGCGCCGUGGUGCACCUGGUGAAGCGCUCGGGGCGGCCGCUGCGGGAGUUCGUGGCCGCCGUGGCCGAGGUGGCGCAGCAGCUGCAGGACGCCUACAAGGACCUCGGCGACGAGUGGCGCGGCGCCGAGGGCGGCGGCACGGAGCGCUUCGUGCAGCUGAUGGUCACCGACGGCUGCUUCCUGGUGGAGGCGAUGCGGAUGGACGCGCUGCGGGGCAAGGUGCACGAGGAGUACGCGCCCAACGACCCCGUCUUCAGCAAGUACGGCUACCUCUACCUGUGGAACUACAUCCAGUCCGACAUGGUCGUCGUCGAGAACCAGCUGCCGCUGCUCCUCCUCCAGAGGCUUCUCAUUGUCCUCGAUCAUCACAAAUAUCAGAACAUUAUCGAGUGUGGGCUGGGCAGCGACGAGGAGGUGGUCAAGCUACUCAACAACACGCUCAACAAAGGGGGAGUGAUGAGCCCAUCUAGCAGGCUACACGAUGUGCAACGGCGGGUGAAGGCCCAAUGCACGAUGAGGAGGAACAAGUGGCGAGCCAAUUUCAUACAGAGGUACCUAAGGAAUCCUUGGGUGUUUAUCUCCCUCGUAGCCGCCGUCGUCCUACUUGUGGCCACUCUAUUGCAGACUGUGUAUACUGUUUUGCCCUUCUAUAAGAUUAUUUAG